AAACUGCUGUCCUGCCUGUACAUGGGAACGGCCACCCUGGUGUGGAAUGGAAAUGCUGUUUCAGGACAAGAGUCCUUGAGUGAGUUUUUUGAAAUGUUGCCUUCCAGUGAGUUUCAGAUCAGUGUGGUAGACUGCCAGCCUGUCCACGAGGAAGCCACUCCGAGCCAGACUACAGUCCUUGUUGUGAUCUGUGGGACAGUGAAGUUUGAGGGCAACAGGCAACAGGACUUUAACCAGAACCUCAUCCUGACCGCCCAGGCCUCACCCAGCAACACGGUGUGGAAAAUAGCAAGUGACUGCUUCCGGUUCCAGGACUGGGCCAGCUAGUGGUGGCAAGAAAGGCCUCUGUUUCACCCCCAGCUCUGUAGGGAAACACAGAUCUCAAAAUGUGGGGACAUAAGUUCCUUUCUGUUACUUCAGGCCACACCACCCCAUCUUAACUCUGCAUUUGUUGGA